AUGGCCACUCAAGAGUCCACCGCUCUGGGCGUCGAGAAGGCCGAUGCCAAUGCCACCCACACCAGCGGCUCCGCGCCCGUCAACGGCGCCACUGCCACUCAGCGCUACGACUACGGCGGCAACCCGCAGGCUCGCGCCCACCUUGGAGAAGAUGCUCGGCUUCCCGCCUUCGGCGGUGAGUUCCAGCCCGGUCUCUACAAGGAGACCACGCACCGCAAGUUCGCCAACCCGGCGCCCCUCGGUCUCUGCGCUUUCGCCCUCACCACCUUCGUCCUGUCGGCCGUCAACCUCGAGGCCCGGGGUGUGACUGCUCCCAACAUUGCCGUUCCCUUGGCCCUUGGCUACGGCGGCCUUGUCCAGCUGCUUGCUGGCAUGUGGGAAAUGGCUGUGGGCAACACCUUCGGUGCCACCGCCCUGUCCUCGUACGGCGGCUUCUGGAUCGCCUACGGCAUUCUCCUGACUCCCAGCUGGAACAUCCCAGGGACCUACGCCACGGCGGGUAAGGCGGCCGGUGACCCUCUGCAGGUGGACAGCGCUCUCGGAUUCUUCCUGACCGGCUGGUUCAUCUUCACGACGAUCCUCCUGCUCUGCACUCUCCGGUCCACCAUCAUGUUCUUCCUGCUGUUCUUCACCCUCGACUUGGCAUUCCUCAUGCUCAUGUGCGGCCACUACGCGUCCAACAACGGCAACGCCGCUAUGAGCGUUUCCCUGAAGAAGGCCGGUGGUGGGUUCGGCAUGCUUGCAGCGUUUUUGGCCUGGUACAACGCCUUCGCUGGUAUUGCUGACACGAGCAACUCGUUCUUCCUCAUCCCAGUCUUCCACUUCCCCUGGUCUGACAAGGGCCGUGAGGCGAGACUGGCCAAGACGGCUAGCCAUAUGGCCUAA